UCCACAUCCAUUUCUCCCCUUCCCCUCCUCUAACUACUACUGCGUAGAGAACUAUUUCCCCUAUUUCCCCCCUCCCUUCCGCUUUCCCCUCUUUGUUAGUAUGUAUGUACUGUACAUGUAUGUACCUGUACCUGUACCUUUCCUUGCACAACUGCCCACUCAAGCCUAGCCUAGUUCCUUCCCCUGGAUUCGCCGCCAGUCGACAUCAUCAUCAGCAUCAUCACUCAACCUUCGCGGGCCACCUGGACCAUUCUCCUUUCCACCAUCCGCAAAAAGGGGGGGGACGAGAGUUCUUGUAUGUAUGUAUGUAUGUAUGUAUGUAUGUAUGUAUGUAUGUAUAUAUGUACAUGUACGUAUAGAUACAACUCCUCGCCUCGCUUCUUCUAAUACAGACACGGGCUUUCUUCCCGAAACAAAACCUGGUGGGUGUGAUAACUGGAGUUUACGGGCAUUAUAUAGGAGAUUUCGCCCCCCUAAUCCUCCAGAAAAUCGAAAAUCCCUGUUUGAGGCACGGUACAUAUACAUUCUUUGUACUGUACAUACAUCUAUCUACCUACCUUGUACAGAAGCAUCAUGGUUGAGUUUGUAGUAGGUGCAUACAUACAAAAUCUGCGGCUUUCUUUCCACACAUCUCUAUCGAGGUAAAAGGGGGGUUAUGAAUAUAGCUAGGUUGCUCCGUCCAGGACCUGCGGCUCAUGGGCUCACGGCUUCUUCUUCUUCUUCUUCUUCUUCCUCUUCUUCUUCGUUUGAGUCUAUUUUCGGUUUGUCGCUAAUUUUCAUUCGCUGACCAAACUCCUUUUCUUCUUUUUUUGCUUUUACCAUUCGGCGACUGACGAAGGGGAACAAGUCCCAAUAAUAACUACCUAACCCACCCCUGUGCCUUUUCUUUGAAUUCCCACAAAUGAGCGUCAAGGCAUGUGUUUUGUGCCUUUCUUUUGAACCUGACUAAAUCGAUUUGGACCCUUUGCUCAAAUUCUGACUCUGGCUCAUCGAAAGUCUGGAUCCUGUUCCCCCCCCCCCCCCCGUACUGCUUUUCCAGCUAUUGAUAGGCACAGGCACGGACGGAAUGCUAUACUUGUAACAUACAUAUAGUAAAGGAUAUUAACCCUAUAAAGAUAGAUACAUACAUCAUGGAUGAGUUUUUAUGGUAGAGGCCGUUCAAAUAGAAUUCCUUUCAAUAUAGAAAGAAGCCAAACGAGUUUCGGUGUAAAUUCUCUGAUAAUUAAUAAUGAUUGAUGAGAUGUUAUGUUUCCCCGCCGCAGCUCCAGCAGCAACCACCCGCCCAGAGCCCCCCACCAUGGCUAGCCGGGUGGUCCCUGAUGUAUGUAUAGUAUGUAUGUCAUCACAUCUCCCUCGCUGGCAAAUCGUCCGGCCUGCAUCAUGCCGAUACACGUCGAUGAAACAACCUGCCAGGUACCUCUGAAGUAGCCCUCCGUAUCGCUCUAGUUUCUGGUAUACAUACUACAAUACCCGCCCUUGCUUGGUCUUGUACUGGUUCAGCCGCUGCUGCUUCUGCUGCUGCUGGGGGAGUGUUGUGUGUUGUGUGUCUUGUUUCUUGGUCUUGGUCUUGUCUUGGACUUCUGUAACUUUUCCUGUAAGCCUCCUCUUUUUCCCCCGUCGUCGCCGCCGCUAGCAACCACCAUCAUCAUCAUCAUCAACACCACCACCACCACCACCACCACUAUCAUCAGCACGACCAUCUUCAGCUCCCACCCUUACCUGCCACCAACCAUCUUCUCUGCCUCUUUUUUUUCUUCCAUCUUCUCUGGGACCCACAAACCAGCAUCACUAUCACAUCACAUCAUCAUUAUCAUCCUCCUUCUGCUCCGCAGGAGAUCUUUCCCACGCCCCCUUCCGCCGCGCUCCCGCCCUUUCCUUCACAAGCCUUCCCCCUCUCUUCUUAAUCCAACGGGGACGUUGAGCCGUCUCUGUUUGACUUGCAUAUUACCUUUAUCUUUCCUCCCUCAUCCAUAAAUAAAAUCUGUCCCGCCCGUGAGAAAAGCGCGACAGAAAGCCUGAGAGAACCGGUUCCCUAACCCUUAUCGACUCGUCGAGACUUCACUGUUCAGCCUGGUCAACCCCCGAACCAACCUGUUCCUCUCUCGUGUCCCCUGCUGCGCCCGCCCACAGUACGAUUAUCCUCCAAUCCUUUCCCGCCUCGUUCCUGGAAUUCAUCCACCCUCGACCGUUUGACAAGCUCUUCCCCCGACGACAACAGCAACCACAACAAUAACGGCGAUUACGGAAUCCUGAAUUCAACGGAUGCAUCAGCACAUCUUAUAUUCCUCCAUCUGACUAUUCGCGCGAUCUGAUCGCCCUUUUACCGUCUAGGUCUCCCUACGACAAUACUCCCGCUGGUCCCCAUACCUUCCCUCUUCUUUCUCACCCAGUCUUACCUGCCCCUGUCCGUUCGUCGACUAUAUUGGACGACUGAGAGGUGUCCUGGCUUUGGGGUGCUGAGACCAUAUCCGAUUCAACUUACCAACCACCACCGCCUCUGACGUUUCUCGCCGGAAAUAGAACGAGCUAAACAUCGGGUUAUCCUUUUCAACCUACUAUUGAGUGGUGAAAAAGAGGCUCUUUUCCGUUUUAUUUUGGUUUAUGAAUAGUUCUGAACCCAGUCCUGGAUAGAAUAAACCAAGUCCUGCUUCUCCAACACGAGGUGUGAGCUGCACGUUCGUACAGAACCUUGCUUUUCAACAACCUGAGCACACCGCGACGGGUGACAGCGACGCAAUACAGGCGAAUAAUCCUUUACAAUUAUAUCAAAAACUGUGGGUGGCUUCGGUUCUUCGUCGUGGUGAGCUGAUAUCCGGCGCAUCGCGACGACUUCGCUAUCAUGUCGUCUUUUCUUCCUGUUAACUCGGCUCCUGCCUUUACACCAGUAAAGAUGGAUGGCACAACUGCCACUCCCAAGAACUCUUCCUCCCCUCACCUUGAUCCGUCGAAGACGUCUUCCACCCAACCUUCCGCCUCGUUAUCCAGCGGAACAGCAGAUCACGAACGAGAUAGCGGGUAUGGAACUGUGAAUGGCGAAUCUGAGAAGCGAUCCAUUAGCAGUCCCCGUGUCUCGAAUGCCGCCUCUACAGGCAGCCCCGGUCGAACACAUAGUCGGGAGGGCUCAUCGGUUCGGUCUUCCGUGCCUGAAGAUAAUCCUGGGGCGGAGUCCGAUGCAGAUCAGGAAGGAGGUUCUGAAAAUGGCGCAGAAAUGGGCGAGAGCGCUCCCCCGUCGAAAAAGAAGAAGGGCCAGCGUUUCUUUUGUACAGAUUUCCCACCGUGUACAUUAAGUUUUACGAGAAGCGAACACUUAGCGCGCCAUAUAAGGAAACAUACCGGAGAACGUCCCUUCCAGUGCCAUUGUUCACGGCGAUUUUCGCGCCUUGAUAAUCUACGACAGCAUGCUCAAACAGUACAUGUGAACGAGGACAUCCCUGGAGACUCCCUCGCUGCGCAAGGAACACGGUUUCAGCGCCAAAUUCGAACUGACCGCGUCAGGCCUCCGGGUAGAAAUCGUGCUGGUACAGUGGGUAGCCAGGGAGGGCAUAGUCGAGGCCAUAGCAGGAAUCUAUCAACUUCAAGUAUUGGGUCGACAAUGUCUACUUACAGCCAAUCUCAGGAAAUUCGCCGGCGCCCGCCGCCUCUGAUGAUGGCUGGUGAUGGUGCUGCUAGAACCAGGUUGUCACUUGAGAGUAUGAACGAGCCUCCAAGGACGCCUCCCGCUCAAAUCCACGCGUUCCCUACUCAGUCACCUAGUAGCGCUUUGUUUACACCUGCUUCAGCUACUUAUCCCGCCGGAGAUGGAGGACCCUAUUACUAUGGGUCCCCGUCUUCGGCGACUUCAGGUUUCUGGGCCGAACGGGGUUCCGGCCGUCGUUUGUCAUUUCCUUCAGGAACGCGGCCAUUUGAGCCUACGAAUACGUAUCCACCGGCGUUCCCCAGACCUUUGGCACCAUCUACUUCGUCGUAUUCUAAUAGUGGAAGUAUAUUCGGAAGCCCGAACGCUCCACACACGCCGCGGGAUGACUCGAAUAUGUCCUCAGCAGAAGCAGAUUGGCGGAGAAGGACAUGGCAUCCAUCCACGCAUACAGGCUUCGGCCGUCCCGUGAGUAGUGGGUUGUGGUUCAACCAACCGGCCGAAAGACCGCAGCCUGGCUUCGGGGCCAAUCCUCCCCCUCGCCUACCUGGAAUUGAGAGUUUUGACCAGGUCCAACAGCGCCCCUCGACCCCACCAAGGCGAGAGCCGACGCCUAUGCAAAUUGACAGACCUUUGACAUCUUCUAAUGCAGCCCCUGCCUUUGCUCCGACCUUCAACACUCAACUGCCUACUGCUCGACCACCACCUCCUAUUUCUGGGCCUGGUCACCGACGAGGCCAUGUUUCAUUUGACAUGUCCCUCCACCAGAACCUCACGAAACUUGACAUACGUGGCAAUACAGCCUCAAAUAUGGAUGCUUCGCAUUGGAGCCAGCAGACGAUUGGGGAGUUACGGGAUGUUGCGUCACGGCCGUUUGGUUCCUUCCAGCGGCAACCCGUCGAGCCGACGAUACAUCGAAUCCCAGAUGCAUCCAGGCCUCCUGAACAACCUGCCACUAGUUCAAACUCUAAUGGCCCCACGACUCCGACCCAGAACAAGAGACAUGGAUGGUACAAUGGUCCUCUCCCAGCUUCUACGUCAACCAACCAGCCCGCCAAUCCAUCCCCUGAGGAUUCAAGCAGUAGUGAAGGCGUAGCAACACCAUCGGCCUCCGCGCCUGAAUACCACCCCGCCAUAGUACCUAGUCAUGAUGAUAUCGAAAGGCAUCAUUCGCAUGUCCAAACUGAACCUCCCAAUAAUGCUUGUGCUCCCCAGGCGCCUCGGGCCGCUAAUAAUAAUUCCUAUCCUGUACAUUCCAAUCCAGAGUCACGACAUGUGUUUUACUCGGGAAAUUCCAACCAUCCCGCAGGUGGAAUGGCCCGUUUGGAGGCCCUUGUGGCAGUUGCAACCAGCGAAGACAAGGGUGCGGGCAGGUUCAUUUAAAUUACGCUCGGUUCAGGAUAUCCACCAUUAUGAUGAACUAACCUCCUCCACGGAGUUUCUCCUUAUUUCCUCCAUUCGGUACAUAUUAAUUUUUAUGCUCAGCAAUUCUCCAAAAAGCAUCACGAUUGCAUCAGGGGAUAACAUCCCGUUAACUUUUCCUCUGGCUCUCUUAUUCCUAUUCACGACCGAAAAGAGACACGAAACAAAAACAGCUCCAAUUGCUGGAAUACGGCCGCGGUUUUGAGAAAGCUAUUAUAUAUAUUUCUCUCCACUCUACGAACAUUCACGACGUAACGACCUACCAUACCAUAUAUACACAGGUGGAGGCAUUCUUUUGUUUUGCGUUUGCGUUCGACUUUCGUAUCCUUCUUCCUUUUGUUUAUCCAUUAGCUCUUCUGCAGUUGUGACCGAUGAACAUAACAAGUGCACAGAGGGCCUUUACGGAAGUUAUUUCCUGCUUUUCCGUCACCCUGGUUUUGGAUGUUCUUAUUUCCUUGUCUUUAUUGGCGGCUGAUCACGGUUGUCCUUGUUGGUUUUCUCACAUAUAGAGAUAACCAAUUUUUUGAUAUCCGUCUCUUUGUAACUCAUGCGACCCUCGUUGCUGUUGGAUCUUUUACGUUUUCCGCUUUGCCCUUUUUAAAACAUUUUAAGCUGUCGUCUGUCAGGGCUGCUUGGAUGGUGAGAGAAUCAAUGAAUUCCCCUCGCAGACAGAGAGCGGCCUUUGUCAGCCAACGUUUGCCUUUCCCACCAGGAAUUUGAAGCUUUGGGACCGCAGGACGAAAGGCACGAUUUUGGAUUUCGCCUAUUAAUGCUUCUGAGCACCUUGAAGUAUUUCUUCGCUCCGCUGUUGCAACUUCCCUGUUUCCCUUUUUUCCCAACCCCAUCCUUCUCCGUCGCAGCUUUUCAUUCCUCCCACUUUUUUGUUUUUUUGUUUUUUCGUCUCCUUUUUCCUCGUUUUCGUUUUGGGAAAAACAUUCGCGGAAUGACUUGACGAGCAAGUUAUGAUUUUGCAUUAGAAAAAUAUGUCCUUCAAUGACUCUUUAACGCUCCUUGAUGUUUUCAAUGCCUUUUAUGUCCUCUGUCUCUCCUUUUUCCCCCACCACCGCUCAUCCCCCCAUUUCCCCCCCCUUUCUGCUUCUUUUGGUCGAGAGCUAGGUUUCUUUUUCCCUUUCGUAGUUGCUCCUCUACUUCUAGCUACCGCCUAUGCCUCUUACCAUUUAUGCUUCUCCUCUCAUUUUCCUCGUUACUCUACUCUUUGAUGUUAUAAUUCUUCCCUUUUACCCUGUGAGUCCGCCCUUUUUAAUUCUUUCUUGGUAUUACUAUUGGGUAUUGAUUUCUAUUUAUAUUGCCAUUGUAGUUUCAUUGUUAUAUUUGACCUUCACGGAUGCUCUCUUUCCUAACUACUUUUGUUAUUUGAUGAUUUAACUUCUUCUGGUUUCAUGUUUCAUUUUUCAUGACUGAUGUUCUAAUGUUUAUGGCUUUUUAUGGCUCUCUUAGUUUUUAUGUUUCUUAUUUUUAUGUUUCUUAUUUUGUUACUUUUCAAAUAUUGAAAUGUAUGUAUGUAUGCAUGUAUGUAUUUACAUAUUGUAUCUAUCUAAUUAUCUUCAAUGCUUUGGCAGCAAUAUCACUUUACUCCAGUUAAAACAAUCUCCUUUCUUUUGCAUGUUUUCUCACAUUUUACUGUUUUAUUUCUUUUCUUUCUUUUUAUUUCAAGUUGACAAAUGAUGAUUAUGAGCAGCUGAAAUAAUAGUAUUAACUUGCUUAUAUACACGUACAUAAUAUCAACCCUAUUUAUGAAAUACAAUGUGGGGAAAUGAGUGUGCGCAGUAAUAUACACCUUUAUCCAUUAUUAACAAUUGAAUUUGAUAUCUUCAGCAAGAUUUUAGACAAGGUGUUUGCUGCUGUCAAUUGUUCUACUUCUCUUUCUUUCUCUAUGCUGUUGUCUUUCUUCUUUUUCCCCUUCUUUCUCCUGUCUUGAAAAU